AAAGGAAUGAGCUUAGUAAGUUCACGCGGCUCAUUCCGUGGGCCGGAUAGACUGGUUUGAGGCGAAAAGGCAACAAAGACCAACGACAGUCGGUGGGGCGGCUGAGAUCAAACAAAUGAUAGAUAUUUAAGUCGAAGUCCUGUUUCCCGAUCCACUGCUCGCAAAUUGGCACCGCGAAUAAUUAAAUGUUUGUCAAAAGUCCAUUUAUUUAUCGCCUGCCGCCCAUUUCCGCAGGCUGACGGGGGGGCGUUUUUUCCUUCUUACCUAUCGCGAAAAAAAUGGUCAACCUUGCCAGGUUAACUAAGUUAGUUAAUCGUCCUUUAUUUCAUGCCGCGAUUCUGAUUGUAAUAAUUCUCUUAAUUUUCUUGGCGCUGCCGCACUCAUCGUAUACAGGAGCCAGCACCAGCGCGUCCGGGGCAACCCGCCGCGAUCUAGACGCAGUGAAAAAUGAAACUCUUGGGGUACUCCUAUCUACGCGCAGCAAUAUGAUCGUGCCGGUCGCUGAUAUUCCUGCCUCAGUUUGAGAAGGUCUUCUUCAUCAACAUGCCGAACAGACCGGACAAGCGUGACUAUAUAACACUGGCUUCCUCGAUCCUACAGUUCCACCCAGAGCCAGUGAACGGGGUAUUUGCAGACGACAUUGACAAAAAGGCAUAUCCUUCAAAUUGGGAUCAUGGCAAGCGACCAGGUGAGAUGGGGGCCUGGCGGGCGCAUAUGAAUGUCCUGCAAAGAAUAGUACAGGACCGGAUCUCCACCGCAUUCAUCAUGGAGGACGACGCGGACUGGGAUGUCAACUUAAAGAAACAACUUCAACGAUUUGCAUCCGCUUCGCAGUUAGUGCGAGGUGAUACUAGACCAUCGCAUUCACCCUAUGGUGACUCUUGGGACCUUCUGUGGAUAGGACACUGUGGGGUAGCGUUCAAGACCGGACCAAUUCAUGUGACAACGGAUGAUACCACGGUCGUUCCUCUCCCUGAGCUACCACGAUACUGGCACGGUUUUCCUGCGGGUGCUGACAAUGGCACUCGUCUGGUAGCAAGGCUGCAUGAUGGAGUAUGUAGCCUUGGAUAUGCAAUUACCUAUCUUGGAGCCCAAAAGAUUCUUUCUGGCCUUUCCUUGACACCGCAAGGUGAUGGUGCUCCAUUCGACGUGGCGAUAGGUCGGUUCUGCCAAAACGACUGGUUGAGAUGUAUUGCCCCAUUUCCAUCUUUAAUCGGACUAUGGAAGGCGGCUGGUCCAAAGGCAAGGGGGUCGGACAUCCACGAUGACGAUGGUUGGAUCGAAAAGGAGACCCCAGUUGGAACUGUAUACAGUGCCAUGUACAAUGCUGGCCGUCUGUUGAACAGUGAACGCACAGUACAUGCAGUAUUGGAGGACACACCAGCUCAUGAAAUUGACCCCACAAAGUUGGAGUUACCGGAAGGGACGUUGAAGAUGUUUGACAAUACUGGUAUACAUGAGAUUAUCAAGAAGAGUAUAUGAAAAUUAUCCUUCAAGGUCAGCAUUCCAAAGUUCCUUUGAAGGCCUGUGUCACAAACCAUCUUUGCCAAGUAUGCUGGCAAUUACACCAUGAGCCUACAAUACCCUAGGGAUUUCACUAUCUUCUCGAGUUCCUUCCGUACUACACUGCGGGCAGUGCCGCUGAUAGGUGGUAUUUCAGACGCGAAGCUUUGAACCAGUUGGAUUUAUUAAGAAGCAUUUAUGUUUUAUUGACAUUUGAGUCUCUCAUUUAGAAAGACCCAUCCAUCAUGUUGUGCCAUCCUGGGUUCCCAGGUCCUUCUUUCUCACGUACCGGCUUUUAGCUCUUAAUGUCG